AUGGACGUGAGUGCAGAGGAGUACCUGAACUGGGGCCGCACGCGGCUGAGGGUGGAGCUGAAGAAGCGCGGCCUGUCGCCGUCGGGCCUCAAGACUGAGCUGCUGGCCCGUCUCGAGGAGUACUUCAAGCGGCAGAAGGCGAGCGGAGGAGGGGCAGGCCACCACCUCAGCCUCAACAACAACAACCACCACCACGGCAGCUACUCCAACAAUAACAACAACAGACAUAGCCACGGCCAUGGCCACCAGCGCUCGACUCCAUCUUCUUCUGCUUCUUCGGCCCCGGCGGGUGGUCACUCGCAGCAGCACCUCCUUCCCAAGCAACACCACUCCAAGCAGUUGUUAGACCUCUUCCACCACCAACUCCAGCAACAGCAGCAGAGCGAAGCUGCCGCCCUUGGGCGUGAGCUGCCGAGGAAGCGGUCCAGGAAGAGCCAAACCCCCCGGCGCGGGCUUCAGCCCCAGGGGGGCAGCGACAACACGAGCAGCGAGGGCGAAGGGAGCGACCAUACCAGCGGUGGCGGGAGCCCCCACUCCUCGACGUCGUCGCCCUCGCUCGGCGGCGGCGGCUAUGGAAGCAGCAACUCGUACGGCAGCGACGUCAUCCACCAGACGAACAACAGCUACAACCACCUGGGCAACGACUACCCGUCGCACUACCCCCACAAGAAGCCCCGGCUGGGCCAGCGCUACAGUCAGAUGACGCACGAGAGCGACGACAACGGGAGCGGCAACGGGAGCGGCGGCAGCGGGGGAGCCGUACCGGACGGGGAGCAGCAGCAGCAGUCGUCGGGCGGCAAGGCGGUGACCCCUCUGUCGGGGCGGGCCUUCAAGAAGGAGUCGGGCCAGGUGCAGGCGCCGCACGCCGAGGUGCGGAGCGUCGAGACGAUCGUGUUCGGGCCGGGCGACCAGUUCCACUUCACCCACCGCUUCUGGCGAGGCAAGCUGCUUCGGCGACGGUUCGACUUCUACGGUACCUACACGAUCGUACCGGUCGCGGGCGCUCCCGUCGAUGGUGGUGGUGCCGCUGGGGGGCGCGCUGCUGCGUCUGCUGGCAGCGCCGACCUGCAUCUCGACGACCUCGUGGCGCUGAGCUGUGCGCUCGUGGCUGCGGCCCGUGCGGGCGAGAAGGACGGCGCGGCGAUGGCCAAGGCCGACGAGAACCGUCUGAGGGAGCGCACUGAGGGCAAGGUCAUCCUCCACUGGCCCUCGAAGCUCGACGCGCCCGAGCUGCGCGACUGGCAGUUCGAUCAGAGCUACUCGCACCUCUUCCUCGCUGCCACGGCCGCACCGUCUUCUUCAUCAUCGACCACUGGUGGUGCCACGGCGGGGAGCGGUGGCCUCGGGUCCUCCUCCGAUGCGACGCAGCCGGGCAGCACGUCCCCCGUCGUCCAGGGGAACUCUGCCAGCAGCAGCGGACCUCAGGCGCGUAAGCGGCCGCACUUCCUCUACACCAAGCAUAGUGCUGUGUUCGUAGAAGACACCUGCUAA